CAGUUCGUAACAACAAAUCUUUCACUUGUUGGUCCGCGAGUUGGAGUCAAAGUAGGACACCGCUUUAGAAAGAGGAGUAGUAUCUAGUAACAUUGAGUUGCUGACCGUGGUAGAGAGCGCUUCAACCGCUAUCUUCGAGCGUGUUUUGAGGUGCCAUAAAGUUUACCAAAAAAAAAGUUGGAUUGUCGAUGAUUUAACUGUUUAAAUGUGGCCUAUUUGGUAGAGAAACUAUAUUGUGAGAACAUUUGUGAAGAAGUUAAAUAAGCAAAAUGGUUAUAUUAACGAAAAAUACGGAGCCUGAAGAAACGAUGCCUCAAAUAGUACCCUCGGCUGGGUUCACUCCACCAUGUGACUAUAGCACAUUCGCUGACAACUUCGACUUGUCGUUACUUCCUGGGGGAGAUCAGCCCCUAUCUCCAUCAACGCUCUUAUACGCACAAUCGCCACCUAGCGGAGACCCAAAGAAACAAAGCGAAUUCAAAGUAUACACAACAUUUCAUCACGGAGAACAGGACCCAAACGAAGAAGCAAACUUCCGUCCAGAUUUCAAUAAAUUGCUUGAGUCGGAUUCGGACAGCUCGAGCUCAAAUUUGGCCCAAUCUCCUGUUUCAAACAUUUACUUGGAGGUUCCCUCCAACAGCUUUCAGCCAAACUCUCCAAACAGUGUAGGGUCUUUGUCGCCUUACUCCUCACAAAGUUUGCUAUCACCUAACGAUCAUUUUGGCUCUUAUAGACAGUCGUUUGAGGCUAACUUUUAUCCAAGUUCUCCAGAACAGUCCCUCUACGCACCAUCUCCGUCUUCUGUAUACUCUAAAUCGCCAAGGGACGAGUACCUCCUGAAUCAUUACAUAAAAACCGAAUCUCUUUCACCAAUUCCUCCGUUCAGCACCUUUACCAUCAAGGAAGAAUCCUUUCACAAUUCUUGUGGUUUUUCUUCCCCUUCAAGCCCCGCCAAUUCAUGUCACUCCGGCAAUACGUCACUCACUAAAACGGAAACUUCUGACGUCAAUGGUUUACUGGAAACCCCAUUCUUAAACAAACAAAUAAAGCAAGAAGAAAGUACAGUAGAUUUCAGCACAUUGCUCAAUAACUUCCCAGAUAAUAGUGUUCUCAAGAACUUCCUAGACGAUACAUUCAAUCAUAAGUUCAAGGAAAGUCCACCGCCAGAAGAGGAACCUAAAGACCACAAGCUUCUAAGAGAAGCUCUGCGAGAUACAAGUUAUCAGAAGAAAUACAAUACUAGACCUAUUGAUCUUGAUCUUCUGGAGUCUUACAUCAAGAUGGAAGAGGACGAAAAGUCACCUCAAGAUCAACUGAACGAGCAACUUGCUAGGGAGAAUAUCGAGCCUGUUUUAAAUAUCGCAAUUGAACAGAUGAGGAAAGAGGUGGAUAAGACUUGUGCAACUCUUGGAAUUUCUACUGAUCCAUCACAUUGGAAUGCUUCAAAUGUGUUUUCUUGGAUUCAGUGGACUUCUCGAGAAUUCAACCUGCCAGAACCUUCCCCUGAUCAGUGGAACAUAUCUGGAGUUGAUCUUCUAGAACUCUCGGAGGAAGCUUUCUUACACAGAUCAAAUCAGGGUGGAAUGAUUUUACAUGCUCAGUUGGAAAUUUGGAAGGCUGCACAUUCUAGUGAUGACCUCAGCAUGUCAUGGCUUCCAGAUACAGCUUCAAGUAAUGCUUCGAGUGGCGACAUAUCUGAGGAUGAAGAUGAAGAAACAUCCAUCACAUCAGAUCCAAGCAAGCCAUCAACCUCAAGAACAGGCACUCACAUACAUCUGUGGCAAUUCCUGAAGGAACUCCUUCAAAACCCUCAGACGCAUGGCUCAUGCAUUAGGUGGUUGGACCGCGCUAAAGGUAUCUUCAAAAUAGAAGAUUCCGUUAAGGUAGCACGAUUAUGGGGAAGGAGAAAAAACAGACCUGCUAUGAACUACGAUAAGCUUAGUAGAUCCAUAAGGCAAUAUUAUAAAAAAGGUAUAAUGAAAAAAACGGAAAGAUCUCAAAGAUUGGUAUAUCAGUUCUGCCAUCCGUAUAAUUCCUAAAAGUUAAUGUUAAAAUUUCCACAAAAAUUGUAAAUAUAAUAUUUAUUCUGGUUUUUCCGGUAAGGUUUAGGUUUUGGGGUAUAUUCGUAUUUUGGGUUGUCAAAAUACGGAAAAAAAAAUUCGUAGGGUAUGACUACGAAGAUUUGAAAUGAAAUUCAGCCAGUUAGGCGAUUUUCUAUGUCGUUUUGGAAGGUAAUUUCCUUAUUCGAUUUUGUAAUUCACCGACAAGUAGGAGAUUUCAGAGGCAAUGUAAACUGGGAUAGUGUAUCUUCAGCUAUAUUGGCAUAGAUCCUUAUUCAUUCAAGGUUUAUAUUUCUGAAGGUAAUCCGAAGAAGUUGGUGAUUUUGGUCCCAUAUAUCUAUGAUAUAUUACUCAUGUAAGUUCUAUGAACACAUUUAUGAGAUGCAAUAAUUAGUAUGUAAAUUCUAUAUUAUAAAGUUAAUAUUAAUCUUAACGUGAUAUUAAAUACUCCAGUGAAGGAUGUCUAUGAGACCUUCAUUGAAAUAAUAAUAACAUAACAAUAUAUUCACCACAUACCUAUAUAUAAAUAUAUUUUUACUCCACCAGUUUUAAGCAGAAUCAAAGGUAUUCAUAAAUACUCAGCUUUUAUUUAUAUUCAUAAUAAUGUAUUGAAUGAUUCCAUAACGAAUUCAAUGAUGAUCAUUUCAAUAUUUAUACGAUUUGAUAUAAUAAUUUAUUGUCGAUAAUAUAAUGAUCAAAUUCUUAGUUAAAUUGUGAUAUUUUGUACAAAAUCAAAAUCCUAAGGAUAUGUAAGUCGUUUCGAAAAUGUAUUUAAUAUUUAAAUAAAUUUGAAUUUUUCUUUA